CGGUCAAUUUUGUAUAAAUAUUGGCGCAACUAAUCGUGUCCGCGCUCAAAUGUGAUGCAUAAACACACGGGGGGACUGUUGGGUAGAUCGGGCCGCUUUUUAGUCUACAGUUUGAGCAGGAAAUUCGUAAAUAAUACACCAGUGGUGAGGAUGGCCGAUAAAGUGGAUAAGGCCGAGUUGAGGAAUCGGCUCACUCCCAUACAGUACCAUGUGACCCAAGAAAAGGGCACUGAGCGACCGUUCACAGGGUGUUACAAUAAAGUCUACGACGCGGGCACUUACGUCUGCAUCGUCUGUGAACAACCACUGUUCAGUUCGGAGACGAAAUACGACAGUGGUUGCGGCUGGCCUGCCUUCAACGAUGUCUUAGACCAAGGCAAAGUCAAAUUGACACCGGACACCAGUGGAGUUGGAGCGAACCUACUACUCCUCAUAUCCCAACCAGGGCGGAUAAGAACCGAAGUGACUUGUGCCCAAUGCGGUGCCCAUCUCGGUCACGUGUUCAACGAUGGACCCAUGCCCACGAGGAAGAGGUUCUGUAUAAAUUCGGCCUCUCUUAAUUUCAUCCCGGAUAAAAAGGAGGGUGGUGAUAGCUAGGAGGGACCACUAACCAAUCAAAGUGAUAAUACUAACUAGUUAGGCCUACUGUUUUUAUUUAGUCGUGUGAUCAACUAAUCGUUGAAGCCAAACUCGAAUUUCUUACCUCGAAUUGUUUUUGUUAGCUUUUGUGUUGUGUAUUUAUGCAUAUCGAAUUAACAUUUUUUAAGAGGCUUUACAUUUUGUGAAACAAUAAAUUUGAUAGAAAAGCAA